AUGGUGGUGUUUUUCCAAGGAGAUGAAGUCAAAGUAUGCAGCAAGGAAGAAGGGUUCUUCGGUUCUUACUACGAACCUAAGAUCAUAUCCCCGUUGAAUAACAAUACUCUUUAUAGAAUGAAGUACAAGAACAUAAUUGAAGAAGAAGAUCAGACUUGGCCUCUGGUUGAGAUAGUUUCAACCGACGAGGUCCGACCAAUGCCACCUCCAGCAACAAUCACAACAGCUACUCAGGUAUUCCAUUAUUUGGAGAGGAUGGAUGCUUUUGACAACGAUGGUUGGUGGGUGGGGAUGAUUUUUUUUAUUAUUGUAGAAAAAAGUCUUGAAUAA